GUCUGUUUUUAUUCUCGCGUGCGCUCACAUCUCUGAACAUGCAUUCACGAUGUGUAGGUUGUUUUUUUAUUUUAGUAGAAUUGCAAAAACACUUAUCUGAGCCAUUGUGAUUCAAAAUUAGCUAAGCUUUUCUGUGCUUGGCAUAGGUAUGUAAAAGGGAAAAAAUUGUACAUUUGUGUCCAUGUCUUACAAUCUAGCUGUAAACUUCUCUCUCUGUUAUUUGUGUUGUGGUUUUCAUAGUGGACAAGUCAUUUGCAGAGAGCCCCUUCCUUGCUGGCUGAAAGUGGUCCUCUGCUGCCAUCAGGAGAUUAGAAAAAAUAAUGGCACCAGGCUCGCAAGCCCCCCCUUCUCUCUCUUGUUCUGCAGUAAAAUAUUAACUCUUUAUUUUAUUUUUUUUUCUCUCUGUUCAAGGCAUCUUUUCUUUAAAAAAAGAAAAAAAAAACAUAGCCACACAACUCUUAAGCAAAAUGACGGGGUGGGGGAGAGGGAGCAGGGCAAAUCUCGAUUCAGACAUGUUCAAAGGAUUUGAAUAUUUUACAAAUAAAAUGUAAAAUGUCGAUUGUAGGCAUGCAUCAAAUUAGGGAUGCCCCGACCAGAUCUGCUGGAUGGUAUCAGGCCAGUGUUUUUAAUCAUUUGGUAUUGACUUGGAGCGUGAACCGGUUCUGAUCCUGUGUUUAUAUUUUCACCUCUUCAGCAGAUGUUCCUCUUAAAGAUCUGCAGAAGAAAAACCUGUGUUUAAACUCAUAAUUUCAUUAUGUAAGCACACAUACAGUUUAUUUGCCGCCACCACACAGCCACUCUGACUCUCUAUUGAUAGUAUGUCCAAGCCAUUAAAGACCCCCACACAUACACACCGGUGUUUUCAGUCACUGGAUGAUUAGACCUAUUUAGGUUCAGGUUGGGUGAGACUGUGGUGGGAGGUUUGCUUACGUCCCCGAACUCCAAAGUGUAAGUUGUCCCGCCGUGACGUGCAAAAAGACUCAUCUAUGGAGUGAGGGAGAUGUCAAUCAAGCACAGUCCUGAGAGAGGUCUCAUGAGCCAAAUGAGUGAAAACACCUGCAUGGCUGUACUGUGGGUCUGGUUGUUGUUGUCUUAAUGCAGAGCCGUUGACCAAACAAACUGUGGACUGAUUCGACUGAGUAUACACUGUGCAACUGCUCAACAACAAAAUGAAUAUAUAAAUACUGGACCAGGACUUGGUAUUUGCAGAACAUUGACUCUGAUCAGGAUAAAUGUUCGGGACAUCCCUACACAAUGCACAAAGCAUGCAGGAUAGAUUAACAAAUCAGCUGUGCAUGCUAGAGUAGAUUUUGAAGGUGUGUGUGUGUGUGUGCCAUCAUCUACACAGUUACUUUCAGCAGAUGUGGUGGAAAUUUUAAAAUUAGCACAUCAUUUGGUUAUUAAUCAUGAUAAGCACACAAACUGCCUUUGGCAUUUACUUUGCUUCAUGUGCCAAAGCUUUGUCUUCUUAUUACACUGUGCAUUUGUGUAUCCAAAUUUUCACUAACACACAGUCCAGAGAUGAAAGUAGUUUUUUUUUUUUUUUUAAGCCUCUGCUUGAUGUUGCAGUAAAAAUUUUAAAAAAUCUUUUUAAAUUGACCCUCUCCACACAUGACUCUGCAAGAGUUGAGUGACUCUCACGUUUAACAGUGGUGUUUCUUUUGUUGUUGUGUUUUACAGUUCUUUUUCCUGGUUCAGCCAGCCCUAUAUACCAGGCCCUGCUGAAAAUGCCACCAACAGUUUUGUCUUCUGCAGCCUUAUCCUGUUUCUCAAGUGUCCUUUCUGUUGUGUGUGUGUGUGUGUGUGCGCGUGUGUGUGUAUGUCUCUCUCUCCCCCUCUCUCUCUCUCUCCCUCUCUCUCUCUCUCCCCCUUUUAAAAAAAAUGUUAAAAUGUCAGAUUUAAAAAAAUAGCCUGUUUUCAGAUUGCACAACCAUGGAUGAUCAUCUCCAUAAGAUUUUCCCUUUUGAUUUUACUGUUUGGUUUUUCUUCAGCUUUGGGCACAUUUUUUCAUGAUGUUAUCACAGCUUUUGUCCAUUAACUGUUUAGCGCAGUUUAUCUUUUGAAAUUGUUUAGUCUUUCUAGUGACUGUUGGCUAAAAACCUAGCAGUACUGUAGCUUGUUAGUAGUAUCUGGUUUUAUCUGGUUGCCAAGUAAGUUUUUUUUUUUUUUUCUAUUGAAGUUUUCUUUUCUUUUUUUGUGUGGUGGGAUUGUACAAAGUAAACCACCAACAAAAGCCCAGAAAAGGUAAUAUGACUGAACCUUUUCUGUUUUUGUAUUGGUAAUGGUAAGUGAUGUUGAAAAUGUACCCUUGUGUCUACGCCCAAAUCAUGAACUUUGUUUUCUGUAUCUCAAUGUUUUUGUGUGCUUUAUAGCGAAGCAGCCGGCGCGAGUCGCUUGUUCAUAAAACAUCUAAUGAAAGUUGAGAGCACAUCCCACGGGACAACUGGCUGUGCUUGCUUACGUUUGGUUCAUGACUUAAAAAACAAGUACAGGAGUCAUUCCUGAUGAAUCUAAAGCUAUGUCGCUGCUGGCUCCAGCCAAUGCCGUGGCAGGAAUGAUGCCUGGGGGAGGCCUUCUUCCAACACCCAAUCCUCUGGCAACAAUGGGAGGGACACCGUUCGGAGGUCUUGGAGCUCCCAACAUGGAGCAAAUGGCUGCCAUGGGAAUGCCGGGACCUAACAUGAACCCCCAGGCUCUUUCUGCAGACUUCUUGAAGCUCAUGCAGUCCAUGGACCCCAAAUUGAAUCCAUUAGCGGCCGGACUGAACCUGAAUCCCGGGCUGAAGAACGACGCCUCCAAUAAGGAGAUUGAAGAGGCCAUGAAGAGAGUCCGAGAGGCUCAGUCUCUCAUUUCUGCAGCCAUUGAACCAGGAAACAAGAAAGAUGACAAGCGCAAACAUUCCCGCUCCCGUUCGCGGUCACGGCGUAGACGGUCCAGAUCUCGCUCAAGACACAGACGUUCAAAGAGCAGAUCUCGGCGGAGAUCCCAUUCGAGGAGUAGGAGGAGGUCCAAGAGUCCGAGGAGGAGGAGGUCUCACUCCCGGGAUAGAAGCCGCCGCAGUAGAUCAAGGGACAGGAGGAAGGAGGAGAAGUCUAAGAAAAGGUCAAAGACGCCCCCUAAGAGCUACAGCAGUGCCAGGAGGUCUCGAAGCAUUAGUCGGAGGCACAGGCGAAGCCGCAGUGCAUCUCGGUCCCCCAGGAGGAAGUUAUCCAGGUCUCCAUCGCCCAGACGUCAUAAGAAGGAGAAAAAGAAGGACAAGGAGCGUGAGAAGGACAGGGAUAGAGACAGGAGGGAGGACAGGGACCGAAGCAGAGAUGAAAGAGAGCGCUCCAGCAGUAAGAAGAAGAAGAGCAAAGACAAGGAACGAGACCGGGACCGCAAGUCUGACAGUGAGAAAGGAGACGUUAAGGUGACUCGGGAUUACGACGAAGAGGAGCAAGGGUACGACAGUGAAAAAGAAGGAGAGGAGGAUGAAGACGAGAGGAAGACCGACUCUGACUCUGCGUCGUCCCCUAAAGGCCAGGAGGAGAUGGAAAGACCCGAGGGCCAAAUUCCCAAAAAGUCCAAACUGAAUGGAGACGAUCACCAUCAGGAAGACAUGGAGAUGAGCGACUAAGAAUAUCCCGAACCAGACCGUGUUAUCUUUCCACUGUCCUCUUUUAUAUUUUUAAUAUAGGCCACAAAGUGUCUGUGCCUGAUCACUCAGUUAAAAAAAAAAAGGUUUGUUGUCUUAACUGUAGAAGCAUUGGGAGGGGAGGGGGUGUAGAAGGAGAGCAGUCAGAUAAUUUUUGUAAAGACAAGAAAACGAGGACUAAAAUAUGAAUAUGAGACAUGGUUUUAAAGUGUCAUUGCUGUACUUUUUUAAGAUCCUGUUAAUUUUGUUUUGUUUUGUUGCCUUUGUGUUUAAACUUCCUGACGGUAGAAUACACAGCAUUUUCCACUAAAAUGUUGUUUAUGUAAAUAUUUUACUAGUCAGGACUGAGUCCUUUCCUCGUUCAGACUGUUAGUCACUGACCACCCAGCCACCGACUUCAUGUUAAUAUUUUUGUUGCUGAACCAUCUUUUGCUUUAAUUGUAAUGCACCCAGUUGUAUUUCAGCUGACCUUCCUAUUUACACCCCUUUGUAAGUGUACACUGUAGAUUGAAAUGUGUUGUUGCAAUGAAAUACUUUGUCUUCAAUAGGUUUUCCAAAGGAAACUAAUAAAAUUGGUUAAACUGUCAA